CAUUGUGGUGUUGUUGCACAAUGAGGCUCUUGGCUUGCUCCGUGUUGGUCCUCUGUCUUUCUGCCUGUUCAGGGCGCAAAGUCAUUUUCACAGACGUUGGGGCGAGCAUCUCUCUGAGUUGUUACUCUGAUGGAUGUCCAACAGACAAAAAUCUGUAUCUGUAUCAUGAACUUGAUAAGAAGGAAGAGGUGCUGUUCUCUCAUUCAAAAACUCCUAACGCCGCCCCGCGACUAAUGUACCAGGACAGGAUCCAGACAAACAACUCUGCCCGGAACUUCACCAUCAGCAACCUGACAGUGAACGACGCCGGAAUCUACACAUGUGCCUACACGGAACCUGGCAGCAAUAUAAUUUGCAACAUCUACGCUGUUUUCAUAAAAGAGGUCCCAGUUCCAUGUGAACUCAAAACCCCAUCCAAUCCCAGCCCACCUCCCACCACCUUUGGGACAGAACAACCCCUGGUGAUGUACAUCGUUUUCAUCUGCGUCAUUGUCGUGCUGGCCAUGUGGAUCGUCUUCUUGCUGAUCAUCCCGAGGGUAAAAGGGUGGUGUGAAAGAAGAAGAAGAAGAAGAGCGCAAUGCGCCCCUACUGUCUACGUUGAUAAUGUGUAUGAAACCAUGACGAAGAACCAGGGAGACCCGAUACCUGAAGCUCAAACUUUAUCAGUUUAGAAAUGGAAUGGAUAUGAACGUGGGGGACCUCCUCUGCCAGAUUUACUUGUUUUUCACAUUUGAAGUUUUCGUUCGAGAAUUACUGUGCUAAUGAACUAUAAUGCAUCUUUUUUUUUUUUCAAGCGCUUCAUUAACUCGUAAACCUUUGAGCGUUCCAAUAAUCACGUUCACCAAAUACAUCCCACUCAGGCCCUAAACAUUAGAGGAUUUUAUUUGUAAUUCCAUCUGCUUGUGUUUGUUCCUAAAAGUCAUUUCAAAUGCUUUUCUAAAGCGAGCAUCAAGCCAGCACGAUCGUUCAAACUAGUCAUCUCAGGAAGUCAGAGAGCUAAACCAGACGCAUUGAGAACAGAUGUUGUGGGCUGCAAAUUGAGGAACUGAAACAGUUAUAAUAGAGUGGUUUCCUCGUCUACAUUGUUAAAACGUUAAUGUCUCUGUUUCAACCAUCAUAUGGGGGG